GCCUCCUCCCCCCGCGGCCGCCGCUGGAAGAUGUCUCAGGAAAGGCCCACGUUCUACCGGCAGGAGCUGAACAAGACUAUCUGGGAGGUGCCCGAGCGGUACCAGAACCUGUCCCCGGUGGGCUCCGGCGCCUAUGGCUCCGUGUGUGCUGCUUUUGACACGAAGACCGGUUUGCGUGUGGCGGUGAAGAAGCUCUCCAGGCCGUUUCAGUCCAUCAUCCACGCCAAGAGGACCUACCGAGAGCUGCGGCUGCUCAAGCAUAUGAAACAUGAAAACGUGAUUGGUCUGUUGGACGUUUUUACACCUGCAAGGUCCUUGGAGGAAUUCAAUGAUGUGUAUCUGGUGACCCAUCUCAUGGGGGCAGAUCUGAACAACAUUGUGAAAUGCCAGAAGCUGACGGAUGACCAUGUUCAGUUCCUUAUCUACCAGAUUCUCCGAGGUCUCAAGUAUAUACAUUCAGCCGACAUAAUUCACAGGGACCUGAAACCUAGCAAUCUAGCCGUGAAUGAAGACUGUGAGCUGAAGAUCUUGGAUUUCGGACUGGCUCGGCACACAGACGAUGAGAUGACAGGCUAUGUGGCCACCAGGUGGUACAGGGCUCCCGAGAUCAUGCUGAACUGGAUGCAUUACAACCAGACAGUUGAUAUUUGGUCGGUGGGAUGCAUAAUGGCCGAGCUGCUGACUGGAAGAACAUUGUUUCCUGGUACAGACCAUAUUAACCAGCUUCAGCAGAUUAUGCGUCUGACGGGGACACCCCCUGCUUAUCUCAUUAACAGGAUGCCAAGCCAUGAGGCAAGAAACUACAUCCAGUCUUUGACCCAGAUGCCGAAGAUGAACUUUGCCAAUGUAUUUAUUGGUGCCAAUCCCUUGGCUGUCGACUUGCUGGAGAAGAUGCUUGUACUGGACUCGGACAAGAGAAUCACAGCAGCCCAAGCGCUCGCACAUGGCUACUUUGCUCAGUACCAUGAUCCUGACGAUGAGCCGGUGGCCGACCCUUAUGACCAGUCCUUCGAGAGCAGGGACCUCCUUAUAGACGAGUGGAAAAGCCUGACCUACGAUGAAGUUAUCAGCUUCGUGCCUCCACCCCUUGACCAAGAAGAGAUGGAAUCCUGAGCACCUGGUUUCUGUGCUGUUGCUCCCAUUUCACUGUGAGGGGAAGGCCUUUCACGGGAACUCUCCAAAUCUCAUUCAAGUGCCUCUCGUUGCAAAGAUCUCCUCCAUGGUGGAAGGGGUGUGUGCGCGUGCACGCAUGUGUGUUAGUGUUUGUGUGUCUGUCUGUCUUUGUGGGAGGGUAAGAGACUAUCAGCAAACUAUGAUCACAGUGGCUUUCCGUGGAGUUCCAGACGCCCAUGGCAGCCUCUGCUUGCGCUUCCUCGUGAGUCAGCUCAGGCAGGCAAGAGCUGCCAUCGUGUUAGGGUUUGUUAAAUGCACAGUAAAAAUAUUAAACGUCCCACAUCCCAGUCAUGCUUUUACCAUUUUGGCCUCUCCUGUGGCCCCACCUUGAUGGUGGGGGGCCACCUCGACCACAGGAGCUGCUUCAGAUCGGGAGCGUCCCUCAGCGGUGCGUGCAGCCAACAAGGACCAACUGGCGUCUGUGCACUAGUCUAAGAAGAACUUGCUUUGUGAUUCUCAGAACUCAGCAGGUGUAUCUGGAACUAUAAAUAUGUUUGUGCCUUAAAAGGAGAGAAGAUCGUGCGGCAGAUGAAGCUCUGAGCCAGGCGAGUAGUCGGCUUGUUGGACGGCCACUCGUGAAACAGGGAGCCUCGGAGGCACCGUGUGUGCGUGUGUGGGCAUGCAUGUCUGUGCUUCCCUCUCAGCCCCCAUUUCUCUGCUCACCCCACCUUCAGUGCAGAGGCCUCCUGAGCAUUGGCCCCGGAGCCAGAGCCGGUUCUCGCUGCUCGUGUACUUCCUGUGUGCUCUCUCUUCCUAGCAGGGUGGCGAUGUGUUCUGCACGUCUUGCUGUUUGAGCAUGCACAGCUGCUUGUCCUGUUUUUUUGGGAGCCCCUGGUGCCAGGCGAGUUUGCCAGUGAGGACUUUUUGGGUAGUUCAGAACUCAUGUCACCUUGGCUGAUGCUGUGGGCAGGUGACAUCAUCUUCUCAUCAGCCCCCAGUGCUAUUUUGUGUUGAACACAAUUGAUACUCCAGGUGCUUUUGAUGUGAAAAUUAUGAAGAAAUGGAACAGAUGGAUAUAUAGCAUUUUCUUUCUUGCCAUCUGGUUUUCAACAGACUGUUUUUGGGGAGCCAUCACGGGAAAGAUAGGGCUUUUCCCAGGAAUAUCUCCGACUUUGGAAAACACGUUGUUCCCGUCCCUCCCAGUAACCAAUGCUAAGAAAUGCCGAAAUCAAGUGAAAAUAAAAACGCUCAUGAGGCCAGAACUCCUUUGCUAUUUUUGUCUAAAUAAGGUUAUUUUUUAAGGAAAGUAAUGAGGUGUCUUUUCCACCCUCUCUGGGAAAGGGUCUUCUUGGCAGCUUACCGUUGACUUCUUGGUCUCAGUUUAGGGAGAAAUGAAUUUUGUAUAUUGCGGGAAUCCUUUGAGAGUGUGAUUCCUUUGGAUGGGGAGAAAGGGCAGAUUAUUUUAAUAUUUUGUAUUUUCAACUUUAUAAAGAUGAAAUAUCCUCAGGGGUGGAGAAGAGUUGUUUUCAUAAUUUUCUGAAUUUCAGGCAUCUUGUGCUAGAUGAGGGCCAUGUAUUUAAACCUUUUGUGAAAUGAGAAAGUGUAAAGCCACUUCCAGUGUUGGCCACGUGACAAACCUCGUACUGGGGCCAAGGGUUUCCAUUUCUGUCACAGUGCAGUGCUCGUAGCCCAGAGGGACAGGUAGGGCCCACGUCCGCCGGGGCGAGAGGCAGGAGGCAGGCCGGCGGCAGGCGCGCUGCACCCAGGAUGGUGCCCUCCUUAGAGGAAACGAAUAGAGGCCUCGUCUCCUCGGUGCGCAGUUCAAAUCGCCACAGCCCACGGCAGGACGAGUUCGUCGGCAUGUUGGGCUGUAAGUGCCGGUGUGGUUUCCGAUGGACACGCUGCUCUGAGUCCUUCCCAUCAAGGCCUUUGCAGUUGCGACCCUCCGGUUAGGAGGCUGACGGCGCCUGGAGCCCGGACUCAGCAGGCGGCUGCCCCUGGGGCCCAGAGUCACGCUCCCACCUCCUGGUUCCUCUGAGCGGAAAGCAGACGAGGGAAUGCGGGAACUGCCAUUUUAUUUGUACUCAUGAACUUGGCCAUAAUCAGUUAUGCCCUGUAGGACAUCAUACAAUACCACUGGUCAAAAUAAAGCCUAUUUUUCAAAUUUA